UGCCGUCUUUAGAAAAAAAAAUCUCUUGAUGGGUUACUAUGAAUAUUAAUCGUUGUGGGAAUUGUCAUUUAAAGCACAGGCCUAUUAGCCUGCCGGCUUAAAAUAGACUUUUACGCACACGCGUAAUAGUGGUAGAACAAUUUACGCAUAUGCACAGUAAAUAUAGCCUAGUUGUUCAUGUCCGUUUUUAUAGUUAAACACAAAUAGACAUUUUUUCUUUAAUCACAUUACUAAUGUUAGUUAUGUCUUAUUGUCUAGAAUUAUAAGUUAUAUGGCUGUGACCCUCAUGACCUUGUUGGCCUUCUGUGCGUAAAAGCGCGCUGAGAAAAGUGCAGAGGCCCAAAACAGACAGAGACAAGUUUAGAUUUAGGGUCUAAUAGAAAAAAUAUAAUAAGAGAAGAAUAAUAGACAUAUACUUUGGAAGGAUACUGAGAAAACAUAUCAACAAGUCAUGUCAACAGGAGAAAUGGGAUAUUGUAGUAAUAGUACAGAAAUAACAUUAAGUAUAAUAAGGUCACUUUAAAACCACUGAGUAUUAUGGACACAUUAUAUGUCUACUAAAUAUUAUAGUAAUAUGAUAGAUUUAGUGUGUUCACUUGGCUGUGUGUAUGUGUAACCGGUAGGGGGACAAUAGCCAGAGGCCUACAGCAUAUGCAACAUAAAUGCAACAUCUGCAAUGUCUUUUGUAAAGUAUGAACAUAUAGGGCUACAACAGGCCUCUAGUAUUUAGGAAACAUGGAUUUGCUCUUCCCUCCCACUUUGUCCUGACUGGGUUCAGACAUUGCCCGUAGCUGUGGCUGUAUACAGUCAGGAAAAACAAAGAUUAUCUAUCAGGAAGAUGAAUCACUCAAUAGUAAAACAAAAUGCCAGCCCAUGGUUCCGGUCUGCGGGAGUGAGACAUGUGGUUGUGCAUGAUCUGGUAUGAAAGACAUUUGCCUCAAAUAUGACAAAAUGUAACUUUUCUUGUUACAGAAAUACAUAUAUGGUGAUACUAUGUGAUCAAGUGAUGGACAGGAUACCAUAACCCUAAAGUCAUGUCUCAAUACAAUAUUUGAUUUUUUUGCUUGUUAGCAUUUUUGUUACUAUACAGCAUUUGCAUUCUCUUGGACAGUUUGGGGGUGAAGUUGGUGUCUGUAGGAUUCCUCUGGUUCUGCCUUUCUGGCCCAGUAGGCCUGCGCACUUGACAUUAUAUAUGUUGAAAGCAGAUUAGAGGGUCCUAAGACAAUGUACAGAACAUUUUUGUCUUGAUUAUCUUCUAAAUUAAAAAACCAUGCUAGUUUGUUUAAGGCUGUAGGUUUACAGUGUAUUUACUUCAGCUGAAUUUUCUGGAAGGCCAAUGUUAGGCUAAAGUUCAACGUUAGCUUAUGUAACCUAAGUAUAAGGAUGCACUUGAUGUGAGUGACCACCAGUCACCACAGGGUUUGAGCAAAUCCACUUGACAGAUCUUCAGCACUCUUCAAGUUUAGAUGGCCUGUAAAUAGGCCUGCCCACUUCAAGUAGGCUUUUUGUGUAUGUCAAUUAUGUGUAGGCUAACGGGCUGACAGCGUAGCCUAUAUGAAUACGAAUUCUUUAUUCUUUUCAUUAUUUUCACAUAUCAGGACAACUGGUCGUGUAUUAACGCACUUGUGCCGUAGUUAAACAAGAUGGGCUGUGUUCAAAUUUUCUGUAGUUUGUUGUUGAGUUUAAGUUAACGCGCAGCAUCCACCAAAAGCAGAUAGCCGACUGUUGCUAUGGUUACCUGCUAUGUGUGCACCUCGCGCGCUGGUUUGCAAAGGUGGUAAACUGUUGACCGGAUCUUUCCUGGUAAAUGAUUUUAAACGCACACUUUUUCUGUGACAUUGGUAUAACUAAAUACCCUUGUAACAGUGUGAUACUCCGUUUAUUUUAUUUUGUUGUUGAAAAUGUACUGACUUGUAUUGUUUUUGUGAUACAUUUUGACAUUGAAAUGCGUCGUGCUUAACGUAAGACGUACUUCGCCUGAGUGUAGGCUACCCCAAGCCCGGAAGCAUUUUACAAUAUAAACCUCAAACACAAACAAACAAAACCGCUGAUGAGCUCCCAGCUUCGUGCAUUUAAACACGGGAUGCUUCACACCAUAAACCAUAAGCGCUGCUCCUCUUGCUUCGCAAGCUUGGAUUUCCUCGCUCUGACAGAUGACAGGCAAGCGGGCAGAUGGGGGAAAUUACUUUCUACAUGUUUAUGUUCUUCUAAAGUGAAAGAGAAACCCUUACCAGAAAGCAAGCGUUCUAAAAUAAAUUGUGAGGGCUUUUAGUUUGCGGUAGUUUAAUUUAGUUUAGUUUUUUUACUGAGAUUAAGGAAAGUGGUACCAAGGAAUCACACCGUCCGUGAUAGCAGGAAAAAGCGUCAGAGUGAGACCUCUGUGCUCUUCCUUGCUCUCUGCGGUGUAACCGGAUCACGGCAGAGCAGAGGGACGUACACGAGGCUUGUUUGCCUCCAAAUGAGCCAAUGAGACCGGCUUUACAUUAGACUGACAGUCUGACCCAGCGAGCCCGGAGACGCCAUUCUGGUUUGACAACCGUCCGACAGCCAAUACCUAUCCGUGACGGACAGGAACGGAGGGAAAAAACAAAAUACGAAUUUGGCUUCCUGUGGGUGGAAACGUUACCUGCCACCUGCGGUACGUUAGGGUCAGUUUGAGGAGAAGGGGGGAACAACAUCCACAACAAUGGCUCUGUCGCAGUUCCUGGACGACUCACCUCUUAGGUUGGGUCCAAAACACACCGGGGCCGACGACCUGAACCUGCUGGAGGUGUACAACGAAAGGCACCGGCUGGCUCUGGAGGAGCUGCUGUCGGGAGGGCUCGACAACUUUCUGGACUUCCUCAGGAAAGAGAGGAUCCCCAACUUUCUGUCGGACGAUGAGAUCCAGCGGAUCAGGAGCGCCGCCGUGCCCCCGCGGUGUGUGUCCCUCCACGGGGACGACCAGGUACUGGAGCAGUCGCUCAGCAGCUCCCUGGACUGCUCCUCUCUCACCUAUUUCCCCGAAGUGUCGGACGUGGAGCCGCCGCUGCUGGAGAUCGGCUGGCCCGCCUUCACCGCCGGCUCCUACCGGGGAGUCACACGGGCCGUGGCGCACUUCCAGCCCAGCUACGGGGAGUGCAUAUAUGGCUGCAAGGAGGCGGCGAGGCGUAUGAUUAAAAGUGCCAGAGAGGUGAUUGCCAUAGUUACAGACUCCCUGACAGACCUGGAUAUCUUUAAGGAUCUUCAGGAGGCAUGUGUCCACCGCAAAGUCCCUGUCUACAUCCUGCUGGACCAGUCAUGUGCUCCUGCUUUCCUCAAUAUGUGCAGAAAUGUCGGUGUUCGCCUGGAUGACUUUCGGCAAAUGAGAGUGCGAACCAUAACUGGUACAACUUAUUACAUGAGAUCAGGAGCGAGGAUUACCGGGGAAGUUCAUGAGAGGUUCAUGCUGAUUGAUGGAAACAGAGUGGCUACAGGUUCCUACAGGUUCAACUGGACUGAUGGCAAACUAAACAGCAGCAACCUAAUCGAGCUUUCUGGUCAGAUAACGGAGAAAUUUGACGAGGAGUUCCGCAUCCUCUUCGCCCAGUCUCUACCUAUAAACACUCGAGGACCUCCAAGUGUCCGAAACAGCAGCACCUACGAGCAUCUCCUCAUCAAACACUCAGUCACCUCCUCACCUCGCCUGACCAGAGAGAGACCUGUGGAGCCACUGUGUCUGACCAGCACACCCAGCCGCAAGCCCCAAACUUCAGCUGUCCAGCCCCCAUGUGAACCCUCAACUCCAGAUCGUCGUAAAACCAACCCAGUGUCCGAUUCCUCCACCAUAGGCGAGGACUGGACGGAGCAGCAGCAGGAGGAGAUCCUGGCUGGUAGCACCACUCAGCGUUUCCCUGCAGAUCAGCUAGCAGAGAAAGAGCCAGUGACCUCCAGCGCCAUCUCCUGCCACGCCUCCACUCAGACCAGCCGGUCAGAGAUGGAUAGUGACACCCAGACUGACCUCGAGCUCACAGAACACACCAACCGUAUCGCACCAACAAGCACAGUGCCAAACCAGGCCGCGUCCCCCAGGCAGAUCUCGCCCACCCAGGUAGCUCCAGACAGCACCUUAAGGGACUGCUUCCACAAGCUGACCAAAGAGCGCCAGUACCACUACUCCACCAUCCGCUCCAAGCUGGAGCACAUGGUGACCGCCCUGUCCCAGAGGCGAGAGCUAGCGGACGUCACCAACAUGACUCAGGGGCCUGGCGCUCACAGCAGGCAGAGGGUACACAAAAACUGUGAGCAGGAACCAAAACCCAGACUGCUUGUUGAAAGUGCGGGCAUGGGCACAUGGCCAAGAGUACACUAGUUUGUCUUAAGCGAUUUUGGUGAUGGAGGGCAGUGGGGGGAGAGCUGUGGCAAGGUUUCUUGUGGAUCCUCUGUUUCAAAUAAAUGGUUUUGGCUUAUGCAGUAGAA